GUUUCGGCUCGCAAACGGAAAAGACCUCUGUCCGGAAGACAGCAACAGCAACAACAACAAGUGUUUAGUGAUAGCAACAGUUGAGUGUCAGCAAUGGAUUCGAAAUCAAACAUGUAUCCCCAUGUCCAUGAUGCACCGCCACAAUAUGGCGACUAUAAUGCCCCAGCGAUGAUUCCAGCAGAGACUGCGCCUCAACCAUCCGUUAUAACCGUGCAACAACCAAAUGUCUAUGUGCAACCACCAAUUCAAAAUAAUAAUUUGGGGCGUAUGCCGGUAACGGUCACUUGCCCCUCGUGCCACACACGUCAGCGGACGAACGUGAAUCACGAGCCCAGCACCAAGACACAUUUGCUUGCUUUACUUAUUUGCCUCGUGGGUGGCAUCUGUUGCUGCUGCAUUCCCUACUGCGUGGACUCCUGUCAAAGUGCCACACACACUUGCCCCGCCUGUGGCGCCUUUGUCGGCACCUAUCAAAACUGAGUUAAAUGAAAAAAAAACCAACAAUUUAAUCGUCUAAUUAUCAAAUGUUAAAGUUCAAAACGUGUCGUUGUGGCAAAUUCUUAUUAAAGUGCUCUUUUAAUUCGAUUUCUUGCCAAGAGACAUUGAAACAAUUUAAUAAACACAAUAUAUAAAUAAAUAAAUAUUUAAACUCCCAAAUUAAACCAAAAAAA